AAAAAAUCGAAUAAGUUGGGGGAAUUGAAAAAGCACGUGCAUAUAAUCACGGGACUGAAACCUCGAUGACAUAUCAUGUGAUGAUAAGCUAGCUGAUAAGACUAGCUUAGAAUUUUUUGUGAAGAUUUUCGAAGUGAGCGAGUUUGCGAAGUGCCAAUACAUUAUCAAACCAAUUUCAUUUCCACCACCUCAUUCAUUAUCUGCAAUAAUAGAAAAUGGGUCGGGAACUCCAAAAAAAGAAGAACAGAUCUGGAAAUUCUAAGAUCAAGCUCAAGCCAAAGUCCAAACGUGUGAAUCCUUUAGGCAAUGCUAUUAUCGCCGCAAACUGGUAAGUUUUCUAUUCAAUUCUGUAUCUUGCAAUCAACGCUAAUUCUUUAUCCAGGAGACAGGAUGAAACCCUAACACAGAAUUAUCGUCGUCUCGGUUUAACCAGUCGUCUCAAUACUGUUACCGGUGGUAUCGAAAAGAAGAAAGCAGGACCCGAAUCAAAAACCUCUACCGCUAGUAAACUCGCCAUCUCAAACACAAUUCCUAAAAGCCUUGCACCAACCGAAGCGCGAGUCGAAAGGGAUCCUGAGACCGGAAAGAUUAUAAGAGUUAUCCAUGAUGAAAAGAAAACAAAUCCAUUAAACGAUCCUUUGGAUUCGGACGCUGAGGAUGAGGAAGGAGAAGGGUUUGGAGGGUUCGUUGAUGAGGAGGGUUCAGCGUCAAAAAAUGAGAUUGUGAAAAUGUUGGAGGAACAAGCUUCAAGAGCGGGAGAGAAAAGGGAGAGACAACAGAGUGAGAGGGAGAAGGAAUGGAUUGGGAGGUUGGUUAAGAGAUGGGGUGAGAACUACGGAGCCAUGGUUAGGGAUAGGAGGUUGAAUCCUAUGCAACAAACCGAAUCGGAUAUCAAAAGACGCGUUCAAAAGUGGAAGGAUGCUGGUGGUUCUGUUAUUACCGAAGCGUAGAGGUUUUAACUGGAUGUACGAUGGAUGCAUAUCGGCAUGGUGUUUGGCGUUUGUGAGGGACAUAACCAUCAAGAGGGGUAAUAAAUCCACAUCAAGGUCAAAGGGCUAGCUCCCUUGAAGUCAAGAAUUGCUCAAAAUUUCGUUUUCCCAUAUUUUACCUGCUUUAUGAUUUUGUUCAUAUGCUAUGAUUUAAAAUCGUUUAUUGCCGGCCCUAUCUAAUCAGAUUUCACUACCGAAAAUAAGCUUUUAGCACAAUUAGCCAGGAAAUCGGUUGGAU